CGCCGGAGCGCGCUCGCGGCCCACCGCGUGCGACGUCAGCUUUGCACCGGCAGAGCUUCACGGGAGGAAAGGCGGGAUUCAGGGUGGGCGGGUGCCCUGCGAAGACGAAACGAACUUUGAGGAAAACUAGAGGAUCUCGCCCCCUGCCUGUGACAGCUUAGGGUCGCCUACUUUUUGUGGAUACACUACCGUCCACGGCGUGCAGAGGCCGCCUGCAGUUUUCUAGCGUCCCUGUGAGACGCACGGUGGCGCAAUUCCCGAGAGUGCCAAUCCUAGGCCGGCUGGAGGGCGGGCUCUUCAAAUUUGAAUUACGGAAGUGUUGUGUGAGAGUAUCUCGCGGAGGGGGUAAGCGUCGCUUGGUGCCCGGCCGCCGCGGGCAGGGGCCACCGUGGGCCUGAGGCGCGAGCCGGGCGGCGUCCGUCCCUCCCUCCGCGCGGAGCCGAGCCGGGACUGCGGCAGUCUCUCCCUGCCAGGCCCUUCACCCAAGGUUUCUGUGGAUCGCCUCUGAAGUUCUAUAUGAAAAUUGUGCUUAAGUGAAUUUUCUGUUAGAAGAACUUGGUUGCUCCUGCCUUGUCAAGAUGAUUGCAACACCUUUGAAACAUUCAAGAAUUUACUUACCUCCAGAGACAUCUUCUCAAAGGAGAAAUCUACCCAUGGAUGCAAUCUUUUUUGACAGCAUUCCUGCAGGCACACUUACUCCUGUAAAAGAUUUGGUGAAAUAUCAGAACCCCUCUUUAAAAUCGAAUGACCGUAAAAAGAAUCAGUUCCUAAAAAUGACAACUUUUAACAAUAAAAAUAUAUUUCAAUCAACUAUGCUAACAGAGGCUACUACCUCUAACAGUUCUCUUGAUAUCAGUGCUAUAAAGCCCAACAAGGAUGGAUUAGAAAAUAAAGCAAACUAUGAAUCACCGGGAAAAAUAUUUCAAAGAAUGAAAGAAAAAGUACUGCGUGACAAGCAAGAACAGCCACCAAGAAACAGUAGUUUGUUGGAACCACAGAAAAGUGGAAAUAAUGAAACCUUCACUCCUAACAGAGUUGAAAAAAAAAAAUUGCAGCAUACCUACCUAUGUGAAGAAAAGGAAAACAACAAAUCAUUCCAGUCAGAUAACAGUUCACUAAGAGCCUCGGUCCAAGGAGGUCCUCUAGAAUCAUCAAAUAAUGAUAUUUUCCUCCCAGUCAAACAAAAGAUUCAGUGCCAGCAGGAAAAGAAAGCACCACUGCACAAUUUAACUUACGAACUUCCAACUCGGAACCAAGAACAGGAAACUUUUUUGGCUACAGAAGCCCCAAGCAAGAGAUUAACUAGAGCUCAGUUGGCUAAACAAAUUCUUCAGUCAAAGGAGAAUGUAGUUGCAACCACUGGGUCCAAAAAGGACAUGUUUGUUUUAGAAGGCAUUGAUUCUGCUGAUGAACAAUUUCAAAAUACUAAUGCUGAGACUCUCAGUACUAAUUGUGUUCCUAUUAAAAAUGGCAGUCUGUUAAUGGUUUCUGAUAGUGAGAGGACAACAGAAGGGACUUCACAGCAGGAAGUUAAGGAAGGAAAUGACAAAACAGUGCCUGGAGAGACAGGUCUUCCAGGUUCCACGGAAGAUACCUGUAAAAUUGUACUUGCAACACCAAGACUUCAUAUAACAAUACCUCGGAGGUCAAAAAGAAAUGUUUCAAAGCUUUCUCCAAGAAUAUUUCAAACUGUUACAAAUGGAGUUAAGAAAAAUCAGAUAGUUCAGCUACAGGAAUGGAUGAUUAAAAGCAUCAAUAAUAAUACUGCUGUAUGUGUAGAAGGAAAAUUGAUAGAUAUCACUAACAUAUAUUGGCACAGUAAUGUGAUUAUAGAGCGGAUUGAGCACAACAAACUUAGGACUAUAUCAGGCAACAUUUAUAUAUUAAAAGGCAUGAUAGACCAAAUUUCCAUGAAAGAAGCAGGGUAUCCAAAUUAUCUCAUAAGGAAAUUUAUGUUUGGAUUUCCAGAAAAUUGGAAAGAGCACAUUAAUAAUUUUCUGGAACAGUUAAGGGCUGGUGAAAAGAACAGGGAGAAGACGAAACGAAAACAGAAAAUUGGAAGAUCUGUUCGUGACAUAAGAAAAUCAAUGAAAAAUGAUGCACAAGAAAACCAAACAGAUACCGUUCAAAGAGCCACCACCACUUAUGAUUUUGAUUGUGAUCAAUUGGAACUGAAGAGUAAUAAGCACAGUGAGUCGCCAGGAGCUACAGAAUUAAACAUGUGCCACAGUAAUUGCCAAAAUAAACCAACAUUAAGGUUCCCAGAUGACCAAAUAAAUAAUACUAUUCAAAAUGGAGGAGGAGAUGACUUACCUAAUCAGGAAUUAAUUGGAAAAAAAGAAUAUAAAAUGUCUUCAAAGAAACUAAAAAUUGGUGAAAGAACAAAUGAAAGGAUAAUAAAAAGUCAGAAGCAAGAGACAACUGAAGAAUUGGAUGUAUCCAUUGAUAUUCUAACCUCAAGGGAACAAUUUUUCUCAGAUGAAGAAAGAAAAUACAUGGCCAUCAAUCAGAAGAAAGCUUAUAUUUUAGUAACACCACUUAAAUCUAGAAAAGUGAUAGAGCAAAGAUGCAUGAGGUAUAAUCUGUCCUCUGGCACCAUUAAAGCAGUAACAGAUUUUGUAAUACCAGAGUGUCAAAAAGAAAGUCCCAUCAGCAAGUCCACGGAGACUUUAGAAAAUACAUUUGAAGGUCAUAAAAGUGAAAACAAGGAAGAUUGCAAUGAACGUGACUUACUUACUGUCAACCAGAAAAUAAAAAUAUGUAACCUUGAAAAGGAACAAAUGCUCACCUCUGACAUUAAGAAAAAUACCAGACUAUUACCAAAAUUGAAGAAAAUAGAAAAUCAGGUAGCUAUGUCAUUUUAUAAGCAUCAGUCCUCACCAGAUUUGUCAAGUGAAGAAAGUGAAACAGAAAAGGCAAUUAAAAGGAAAGCUGAAGUUAAAAAAACCAAAGCAGGAAACACCAAAGAAGCAGUGGUUCACCUGAGAAAGAGCACAAGAAACACAAGUAAUAUUCCAGUGAUUUUGGAACCUGAAACUGAAGAAAGUGAAUAUGAAUUUUAUAUCAAACAAAAGAAAGCUAGACCUUCCGUCAAAGAAACUCUUCAGAAGUCUGGUGUUAGGAAAGAGUUUCCAAUUACUGAGGCAGUAGGAUCUGAUAAGACAAAUAGGCAUUCCUUAGAAUGUUUACCUGGUUUAAUUCAGGAUAAGGAAUGGAAUGAGAAGGAGUUACAGAAACUUCAUUGUGCUUUUGCAUCUCUUCCAAAGCACAAACCUGGUUUCUGGUCAGAUGUAGCUGCGGCUGUAGGUUCUCGAUCUGCUGAAGAAUGCCAGAGGAAAUAUAUGGAAAAUCCCAGAGGAAAAGGAUCCCAGAAACAUGUCACUAAGAAAAAGCCAGCCAAUUCCAAAGGCCAAAAUGGCAAGCAAGGUGAUGCUGAUCAGAAACAAACUAUUAAGAUAACUGCCAAAGUGGGAACUCUUAAAAGGAAGCAACAGAUGAGGGAAUUUCUGGAACAGUUGCCAAAAGAUGACCAUGAUGAUUUUUUCAGUACAACACCUUUACAGCAUCAAAGAAUACUGUUGCCAAGUUUCCAGGACAGUGAAGAUGAUGAUGAUAUUCUGCCAAAUAUGGACAAAAAUCCAACAACUCCAUCAUCAGUUAUCUUUCCAUUGGUAAAAACUCCUCAAUGUCAGCAUGUCAGUCCUGGCAUGCUAGCUUCUAUAAAUAGGAAUGAUUGUGAUAAAUAUGUUUUUCGUAUGCAAAAAUAUCAUAAAAGUAAUGGUGGUAUUGUCUGGGGCAACAUCAAGAAAAAAUUAGUUGAAACUGAUUUCUCAACUCCAACACCAAGGAGGAGAACCCCACUUAACACAGAUUUAGGAGAAAACUCUGGUAUUGGAAAACUUUUCACUAAUGUUGUGGAAUCUUUAGAUGAAGAAGAGAAAGAUUAUUAUUUUUCAAACUCUGAUUCUGCAUAGUAAAAUGAGAAAAUAUGAUUCCUGGGAUUUUUACCAUAAAGCAGACAGUGUGUUUGUAUUUUCAACUGGAGUACAUGUAUUUUCUUUGUAAAGUAGCUUCCUAUGAAAAUGUGGACUUCUUUGAAGGUUUUAUGUGUUUGUGUUCAAACUAAAAUAUCCUUAUUGCUGCAGCUUACUAAAAAUGUAAAGAAAAUUGUUUUUGCUUGUGUAGACAUCUGUAUAUUUGUUUUUGCAUAUUAAAAUAUAUAGAUACUUUUUAAAUAUGCA